GGGAGCAUGGAGCUGAUCGUCGUCAUCUUCUUGAAUAGCAAAUCCAGGUUGAGAAUAUUUACAAAUUUGCCACAGCGUUUCCAAUCCAAGGUGUUCGUUGACUUGGAAAAACAAGCCAGAAGAGACGACCUUCCUUCAAUCCUUAUAAACCAUCACCAUUAUUACAAUCCCCACCCCUAAACCCAAACCAAAAUCAGAACCGGAGAUUUUUCCGUCACUUUCUCGCGAAAAUCCGAUCCCAAUUCGCCACGUUGCGGAGGGUGGAAGCCUUAAGCUGACCGUUCGAUCCGAUCGAGUAUGUCGUCCAAGUACUUGCCUUACUCCAAGAAAGAUAUCAACCACUACGACAACGCCAAGUUCCGCCAUCGCUCCUGUUUCAAGGUCAUUACACAAAGCUUUCUUACCAGCAAUAUGAAGCAUAAUUGCUUAAGCUGUAGUACAGGCAAGUUUCUAGUGUUACUGAUGAUAUUUGGUGUAGCAUGUCUUAUGCUGACACAUUCAAGUCCUGCCCAGUCUGUUGAUAGACUAGCAAACGAUAUCAGUAAUAAAGGGGAAGGCAAGGUUACUGCCUUCGGUGGCAGCAGACUAGGAAGGCUUUUGAGAAAACCACCCAGGCUUCCUCCUCGUUUACCUCCCGGAAAUAGUAAAGGUGGCCAUAGUCCAAAUUUAGAUCCCAAAUGGAUAGAUAGGCAACAAAGUGUUAAGAAAGCCUUUCUCCAUGCAUGGUUAGGCUAUAAAAAGUAUGCAAUGGGUUAUGAUGAACUUAUGCCUGUGUCUCAGCAUGGAGUUGAUGGAUUAGGUGGGCUUGGUGCUACUAUUGUGGAUGCCCUUGAUACUGCCAUGAUAAUGGGUGCCAAUGAAGUUGUUUCUGAAGCAGGCACAUGGGUUGAAACACAACUUUCAAGUAGGUUUAGUCAAAAAGGGCAAGUCAAUUUAUUUGAAACUACCAUUCGUGUUUUAGGGGGUCUCUUAAGUGCAUAUCAUCUGAGUUCUGUGGAAGCAGGGACAAACUCAACAUCUAAAGCUAUUUACCUUGAAACUGCUAAAAACCUCGCAGAUCGUCUGCUGUCUGCUUUUACUUCCAGCCCGACUGCUGUUCCCUUUAGUGAUGUUGUUUUACGCGAUUCAUCUUCGCAUCCUGCUCCUGGGGGGUUGAGUAGUACUUCUGAGGUUUCUACUUUACAGCUCGAGUUCAAUUAUCUCAGUACUCUUUCUGGUGAUCCAAAGUACUCUAUAGCAGCCAUGAAGGUUUUGGAACACUUAAAGACUCUCCCAAAGGUGGAAGGACUAGUCCCCAUCUACAUUGAUCCUCAUAGUGGUGAAUUUAGUGGAGAUAACAUAAGGCUUGGAUCUCGUGGCGAUAGCUACUAUGAGUAUCUGCUCAAAGUUUGGCUUCAAAAGGGAGCUAGCAGAGACAGUAAUUUUACAUAUCUUCAUGAUAUGUAUGAGGAAGCAAUGAAGGGUGUGAGGCAUCUUCUUGUUCGGAAAUCAAUCCCCAAAGGACUGGUUUUUGUAGGGGAAUUGCCUAAUGGACCUAAGGGUGGUUUUAGUCCAAAAAUGGAUCACCUGGUGUGCUUUUUGUCAGGUACUCUUGCCCUUGGUGCCACUAAAGGUCUUACUAAGGAAAAAGCUAUGAGAGACAAUUUGCUCAACUUUGAAGACCUGGAAAAUUUAAAGCUCGCAGAAGAUUUGGCCAAAACCUGCUUUGAGAUGUAUUCAGUAACCUCUACUGGUCUUGCUCCAGAAAUAGCGUACUUUCACACGGAGGAAUUCUCUGAAGGAGGUCAUGAUGGUGGGAACAAGAAAUCAGAAUACGUGAAUGACAUAAUCAUCAAACCGGCUGAUCGUCAUAAUCUCUUACGUCCUGAAACUGUUGAAUCAUUGUUUGUUUUGUAUCGCAUUACAGAGGAUCCAAAAUAUCGUGAGUGGGGUUGGCAGAUUUUUGAAGCCUUUGAGAAAUUCACAAGAGUUGAUAGUGGUGGAUACACUUCUCUGGAUGAUGUUACUACGGUUCAUCCUCCUAGAAGGGACAAAAUGGAGACGUUCUUUUUGGGCGAGACGCUAAAGUAUUUGUAUUUAUUGUUUGGAAACAGCUCUGUUAUUCCAUUGGAUAAGUUUGUAUUUAACACAGAAGCUCACCCCAUCCCAAUUGAAGGUGCAAUCAUGAAAGAAUAGUCCUUUGAUGUGUAGAUAAUGGCCGAAGUGCAUGUUAGUACAAACAGAAAAGCUCUUUCUGAACUUGCUGCUUAAUGUCUCUUCAUCAUGUCUGAAUGAUAUCAGCGAAUGACUCGGUUGAAGAAUUAGAGGCAGCGUAACUUUAUUUUUGCUUUCUUGUAUGAUGCAUCAGAAAUUUUAACAUGUAUUCUUAUUUUGCUAUAAAAAGCUUACAGAAAGGAAAAUUUUCCAGGACUUUCCUAUACUUUUUCCAAGUGCACAAUACGAAGAAUGUAACAUAUAUUUGCUUUUUAUAAUUGUUGGUUGGUCAGUAAAUUAGAUUGGCGAUUCAAAAUUAAGUGCGAUUCUGUAA